AGAGAGAGAGAGAGAGAAAGGGUAGGAAAAAAAUAAAAAAGAAGAAAAGGUUGGUGGACGAUGAUCCACCUAAUUACGCAGGCAGUGUUAAGUUUUAUAAACGUAACUUUCGGAUCUUUAGUUAAGUAGCCGCAAGAAGACGCGCGGCGGAAGACGCGCUAAGCUGGUAGUGGUGAAUGAUGGUGGUGGUGAUGGUGGUGGUGGUGGUAGUGAUAGUAGUAGUGUCGUCGGUGAUAGUAGUGGUGGCAAAAGUGCAGGGUGGAGAUCGCGUACGAACGGAGGAGAAAGGAUCGUUUGAGAAACGGCGAGAAAAGGGUGGGAGAAAGUACGUCGAGUAGGGGGAUGCGCGCCGUAUUAAAAUGCUGACUCUUACCGCGCAGCGUGGGAGUUAGUUCUGGUGAUGGCGCCAGCCAGCUCACUCGCUCGACUAACCCACCAUCCCGACCCUCCGAUCCUCCAUCUCCCAACCACCGGCAGACGACGAAGCAACCUCCACGCUCGCCACCUCCUCUCGCUGAUUCUACCGACCCGCAGCAGCAGCAGCAGCAGCAGCAAAAGCAGCAGUAGCAGCAGCAGCAGCAGUAGCAACAGCGAAACAGCACCGAGUCCGGCAGAUUCUACGACGAACAGUAGAAACAGGAGAAACAGCAACGGUAGAAGAAGGAAGAGAAGCAACAAGAGCGAGAGCAGUUAGCCGUCAGAGCAGAGUCAGUUCAAGAGAAAAGGGAGAAACACCGGCUGCAACGGUGGUAACAGCAGAGAAGCAAGCAGGAGAUAGUCGAGCUAUGAGAGAUUAAUCGUUUCGCUUCCGGUUCCCCGGAAAACAACUACACUCCUCUCGGCUGAGAAAGGAAAACUCUAGAAAGAAGGGAGAGCGAGAGAGAAGGAGGAGGCAAGAAAAGGACUAUGGUGUCGUAACACGCGCGCCUCUGCACGAACGGACGCACGCACCGCGAAAGAUCACGUCACCGAGCAGCCCUCGCCGUUACAUCCCCACCCUCGAUCAACCCCUAUCGCCAGCACCACCACCGUCACCGUCACCGUCACCGUCGCCGUCGCCGUCGCCGUCGUCGUCGUCGUCGUCGUCGUCGUUGUCGUCGUCGUCGUCGUCGCCACCACCACCACCACCACCACCACCACCACCACCACCGUCGCCACCGCCGCCGCCGUCGCCGCCGCCACCACCACCACCGCCAACGCCGCCGACGCUGCCAAGAUCAACCGCAAGAACGCCUUACAACGGAUGGAUCGUCAUUGCGGCUGAAACCCCUUGCCGCCGGUAGAGACUCCGAGCACUCCGUAUGAAGGCGGUACGCGUACGACCACCCACGCACGAAACAUCCCCGAAGACGUUAGCGUCCGUGCCACCCUUCUUAUUCUUCUUCUUUUUCUUCUUCUUCUUCUACUUCUACCACUACUUCACACCAUCCGCUGGCUCCUUUGCAAUCGCACGACAACGGGACUCUCUUCUCGCUACUCUCACGGUGAUGGUGUAAUGAAUCUACUGGCAGUCAGCACCGGAAGAAUCAACGCCGAUAACAACACAACCGGCUACUCGCUAGAGAUAACCAUACGGAGGAGAACGGUGCUGCUGCAUGGUCAUGAAUAACUUGGUGAACGAUAAAAAAGCCUAUCUGAGUUUUGUGCUCGUGUGCGGCUAGGUUUAAUACUUAGUGUGCGCGGUUCGAUCAUUCGCUUAUAUUCGCAAUAUAAAUAAUUAAUUAUACGCACCAAUUUGAUCUUAUUUCACGAGUUACAUCGUUAAAAGUAUUAUAUAUUUAACUGCGAUAACGACUAAUUCUUUUUCUCUCUCUCUCAUAUCCUUUGUGACUCGACACCAUCGAAGAUAUACUACAAUUGCAUUGAAAAGCGCCGAAUUGAAAUCGAUUCCCGUAUUCGAGACCCCAUCAUCAUCAACCCCCCGACACCCCGAAACCCCCCCCUCUCUCUCUCUCUCUUUCUCUCUCUCUCUCUUUCACCUGAACCCUUUUGUCCCCGGCCACUUCGACCACCGGUGAAUCCGAGUUACGCCGACGGUGUGUAUACGUGAAGGGUGAAAGAGAAAAGCGGCUAAAGUAGUCAGAGAAAGCGAACGCUAGACUAUCUAGGAAGAGGAGAAAGAGAAGGAGGAGAGGAGAAGGAGGAAGAGGAGGAGGAGGAGAAGGAGGAGGAGAAGGAGAAGGAGGAGGAGGAGGAGGAGGAGGAGGAGGGGGAAAAAAAUCACUAGAGCUCUUCGAGAGGUAUACGGGAAGGCCAGAGAGAGAGAAAGAGAGAGAGAGAGAGAGAAAGAGAUAAAAAGAAGAGGAAGAACAGAGAAAAAGUGAGAAGAGAGAGAGAGAAAGGGAAAGAGACAGACAGACAGAGAAAAAGAGAGAAAGAAAGAGAAAAAGAGAGCACGCGUGAUCACCUCGACGGGGGAGAAGAAGGACCGGUAAAAUUUUCCGCGUACUCCACGCCGCAGAGAAGCAAGUAUCUUGACGUACAACACAUCAAAACAAUAAUAAUAAUAAUAAUAAUAAUAAUAAUAAUAAUACAAAUAAAAAAUAUAUAUAAUAAAAAAUAAAACAGUAGAAAGUUACCAAAAAAAAAAAAAAGAAUAGGAAAGAAAAGAAAAAAAAAAGAAAAUUAACAUGUCACCAGCACCCAGCACUAUGCACGAGCCUCUCCUAUCAAAAUCUUCGCACGCAAAAUCGCACUCUCGCCGCAUUUUUUCUCGAGUUUCCGCGUAUAGGACGACGCGUAUACGUAAUAUCAAAGUAGCAAAGAGAGAGAGAGAGAGAGAGAGAGAGAGAGAUAAAGAGGAAGAGAGAAAGAAGAAAAAGUGAAAUAGUAAAGAAUUUUCAACGUGUUCUUAAUCGCGAUCGGUGUCCUUCUUAGUUCGAAAAGUCCGUUUUUGUAUAUUUUUCGGGACACCUGUUGAUACCUCUCGCCAUGCUAUAUAAGUACCACUUACCUUUCUGGAAUAUAAUGUCGUUCGUCAAAUACGAUAGUACUACUCUAAUGCAUUGUAACUGGCCGAUAUUUAUCGAAAGUAUUGUUUCAAAGUAACAUUACGAAAGCGUAAACGCCCAUCGAGUCGUCUCGACGUUAUACGUGGCCGCCAUAGGGGGUGGCCUCGUAGUCGAGGGAGAAAAAGAGAGAGAGAGAGAGAGAAAGAAAAAGAGAGAUAUAAAAAGAGAUGAAAGUGGGAGAGAUAAAAAGAGAAAGAGAGAGAUAGAGAGAGAGAGAUACCGUUUAACCGGUAUAUCCGCGAUACAAGGUCGUCCUUUUUACGAGAGACGUCCUCUUCUUCCCUCUUCUUUCCUCUUGUUCGCGCAUCAAAAUUUUAUUAUCCCCAUCGAGAUACGUGCCUGUUGAUAUCGCGAUAUUCGCACGCGCGAGAAAGAGAGAGAGAGAGAGAGAAAGAGAGAAAGAGAGAGAGAGAGAGAGAGAGACUCGAUCGUUAACGUUAUAAAGUGCUCUUAUAGCCGGUAAAUGUAACGGGAUAACGCGUUGUAAUAUAGACAGGAGCUUUAGCACGUAAGAGCACCUUUUCUAUUUUAUUUUGUUGUUGUUGUUGCUGGUUAUUUUUCUUUCUUUGUUCGUUUCUUUGUUUCUUUCUUCUUUAAUUUCGUUUUCUUUCUUCCUUUUUUUUUCUUUUCUUAUUGCCCUAUUGUUCCUUCCCUCUCAAUCUAUUUCUCCGUCUUCCUCUUCUUUUUCUUCGUCGUCAUCCUCUACUGCACCAGUAAUGAAACGUUCGAGCAGAAAAACCCAGACGCACACAUACACUCACGCACGUAUGUACCUUACGCACGUUCGCCGCACAGUCCAACCACGUUAGACGAAGCUCUAGUUUCGUACCUCGUCGUUGCAUAAAGCCGACAUUUUUCCACGUUCCCCGUGAUCGUAAUAAAAGGGAAAACGUUGAAAAGAGAAAGAAACAAAAAGAGAGAUAGAGAUAGAAAGAGAGAAAAGAAGGAAGAGAAAGGAAGAAAGAAAGAUGGAUAGAAAGAAAGGGAAUACACUCUCGUCAUUAAGAAAUAAAGAAGACGAGAGGUGACGAAAUAUAAACGUACGAAAGAGAUUCAAAAGAGAGGAAAUAAAAAAAGAAUAUACAUAUAUACGUGUAUAUAAAUUUAUGUAUGUGUAAUAAUAAUGACAAGAAAGUGAAAUAAAAAAGAGAUAGGGAGAAAAGAAAAAAGAAAGGAGAGAAAAAAAACUAUAAAAAAGAACAGAAGAAUAAGAGACGAGAAAUAUUUCAACGAGAAAUUUCGUUCUGGCCGUAAACGAUCACGGAUGGCACGUUAAUAAUAAUUUCCGUCGAUUGUUAGUAAUAUGGCACCGAUCUCAAUUCCACUGUCUUUUUUGUCUUUGCACCAUCCCCCGUGCAUCCACCGCACGCACGGCGAACUGCACUUGCAUCAUCAAACUUCCACCAUCCGCGGCACUUUGAUGUGUUCCCGUACAAAAAAAAAAAUAUAUAUAUAUAUAUAAGAAAGAAAAAAAAAAGAAAAAAAAAUAAAAACCAAGCAAACAAAAUAGGAAUGAAAAAUUAGAAAAAAAAAUAAAUAAAUAAAAAAAUAAAAAAAAACAAAAUUGACCCUUCUUUAUUAUCAAUUAACGACCUGAUUUCAGGAGGAAGCCGCUGAAUCGCGAAGACGGGAAAAAAACGUGCUCGACUCUACCCCCCUCCAAACUACCCGUACUACAUACACGUGCCUAUUCGAUCUAGAGGACUUUAAAGCUAGUAACGAUUACGAACGAGGCGAAAGAAAAGAGAGAAAGAGAGCGAUACACCGGUAAUUGAAAUCGUCCGUCUAGAGUCUAUAGUAAAAGGCCAUAGGGAAAGGGGACUAUAUAGCGAGAGAGAGAGAGAGAUAGAAAGAGAAAAAGAGAAAGAGAGAGAGAUAGAAAGAGAGAGAAAGAGAGAGAAAGAGAAACACACGUACCAACGAGAAACAGUAGUGGAAGUGAGAGACAAAAGAGCGACACGACAUUUCGAAGUUUGUAGAAACAUCAAGAUUCUUCGCUAUCCAAAUCUGGUCGAUUUACCACCGUUCACCGGUCUUUCGCUAUCUCUUUCUCUUUCUCUCGCAUAAGAGAACCCUUGGUAUUUUUUUCUCGCUGGAUCUUGAAAUAGUAGGAUCCACAUCCCUCGGUGUAUAUACUUGACUGAAAGGAAAAGUCGGCCUAAUCCACGUUCGGUAACACCGAUUCCCUCUUGUAGACCAGAAAGAAGGGAAAGUAAAGAAGGAAACUGAGAAAGAGAUAUAUAUAUAGAGAGAGAGAAAGAGAGAGAGAGAGAGAGAGAGAGAUAGAGAAAGAGAUAAAGAGAGAGAGAGAUAAAAAGAAAGAGAGAGAAGGGUUCGUUUUUUAUCAAGAGCGUGGUCCACAUUAGAAAGGAUACGCAUUCGUAUAUCCUUAUAAAUCGCUCGGAAAAGAGCAACCGAUAGGGAGGAAAGGAAUCGGCCAUCAUCGAGUCACGUAAGAUGACGAUCUGCAUAGUCUGGCUACUAGCAUACGUUGGACAAGUUCUCGAACUAGAAAAUCGUCCGAUGAGCGUUGCUCACGGAAGACACGGGCAGGAUUGUCAUCACGAGGUAAGCGUCAGGAAAUUCCAGAACGGGCAAAGCUCGAUAGAUGGCAACCUGUUGCACCUAAAGACGCAUCCUUACGAAGGAUCGCAUCGCGAUGACCUGUCCGAGUGGCUGGUAUACGCCGAGAAACGGCCAAUUUACUCGUGGACAACGAGCGACAUGCUAGUCGAUGGGAUUAUGAAGGAACCUAAGGAUCUUAAUGCGAACUUCUUGGCUUUCUCGCCCGGUCUAUCGAACGUCCUUUAUCCGGAAUACGUGGCCGUGACGUCUCCGUACGUCUCGGUUAGUUCGAUGUCGCAAACAACGACGGAACCUCUCGUCGACGACGCCCUUCUUGCUCAGCAUCAGCAUCGCUUUCAACGCCAAGACAAACAACAACAACGUCAGCACCAUCAUCAACAGCAACAGCAACAACAACAACAACAACAACAGCAACAGCUCCAACAACGCCAGCAGCAGCGACGUCACUUGCAUCAACGAAACAAAAAGAGACGGAUAAUCGAUUACAGCAACAAUAAGCAAGCCGAGAACCAAGCGGUCGAGCUACCAAUUUUGAUCUACUACAACGGCGAGAAGAUCCUUCCAGACAGAAGACUAUCUGAUCAAGAGGAUGUCUACGAGCAGAGACUGAACUCGCCGAUGAAAUUGAAGACUGAACCGAUCUACGAGCGCUUCUCCAAGCCUUCUUCUUUGUCUUCUAUCUUCUCGUCCUCACUCCCAUCUUCUCCUUCAUCUUUUUCUUCUGCUUCUACUUUACCCUCUUCGCGAGAAUUUUUCAACGAUGAAGGACUCGCACCUUCGAAGCCUUUUAUACACGAGAUUAACGAUCCUUCCGAAAAAAGGAAUCAGAUAACCAUACGACGACGAUCGGUGGAUUUACCAGGGGAAUCUUCUGUCUCUCACCAAGCCUUGACGCCGCCUACAUCCUCCUUUACUUCCGGAAGAUCAAGCCUAGCCUCGCAUUUUAUAAGGUCUAUCAGGGGGAGUAGACAUUACGACGUGCCGCAAAUCGAGUGUCCAGCUUCGGAGGAAGGGAUGGAGAGGUUUGCAUGUCCUACGCCGGACAGGAUGGGUAGAUAUCGUUGCAUCGACGACCAUGUUCUAUGCGACGGCUUCACGGACUGUCCGGCGGGCGAAGAUGAAAAUAUGCUGCACUGCAUGUUUUUCAAAACUACGAGAGCGCAUCUUGACGUCUUAGCGGACGCCAUAUUGCGAUGGGCAAGAGGACGCUAAUCACUUUAUUAUAAACGAUGGAUCUCCAUCGCGUAUAUAAUGCCUCAUCGAUGUAAUUUUUCUCUACUGCGUUAAUGCAUUCCCCGAAAACAGAUUACUUACUUCUCUCUCUCUCUCUCUCUCUCUCUCUCUCUCUCUCUCUCUCUCUCUCUCUCUCUCUCUCACUCACUGUCUCUCUCGUUCUCUACUUUCUAUAUUUUUCUUACAUUUUUUCUCUCUUUCUUACAUUAUCUCUCUUUUUCUCUGUCAUUUGUCUCUCCUUUUUAUCUAUCUAUAUCUUCUUCCAUCUAUCUUUCACAUUUCUCUCUCUCUCUCUUUCUUUCCAUCUGUCUCCCUGUCACUUUCUCUCUAUCUCUCUCUGUUUAUCUAUUUCUCUCUCUCUCUCUCUCUCUCUCUCUCUCUCUCUCUCUCUCUCUCUCUCUCUCUCUCUCUCUAUUCCUCUUUCUUUCUGUCUCUAUUUCACUCUAUUUCCAUCGCACUACUCCUCUUCGUUGACACACGUAAAAACAACUGUACUAAAAUCAAAACUCAGGGAAACGUGAAAAUGUACUAUCCCGCGAAUAUACUCGAAUAUAUAGAAAAGCGACGUUAAUCCGUCGUGAAAUUGAUCUGUGAAAAAAAAAAGAAAGAAAGAAAGAAGGAAAGAAGGAAGGAAGGAAGGAAGGAAGGAAGGAAAGAAAGUAAGGAAAAAAAGAAAAGGAAAGAAAAAAAAACAAAGGUACACAAAAUACAUACCUGCAUAUAGAAUGUUGAAAAAAGAAUUCAAGACUUAGAAGAGAUACAUAUAUGGUGCUUAUUAAGCUGAGUACAAAAUUCUUAAUUAAAUGUGACUCGCGAAAAAAAAAAGAAAAAAUUGACCUUGACACAGAGAUCUUAUAAAUAAUUUCCAGUUUAGAUAAUGAUAACGAUUUAAUUGCUUCUGUUAGUCGUAUGCGCCAUCUGUAUAUAUAUUUACUAAAGCUACAUGUCUUCUUGCUUCCAUUAUCUACUACACAAGCUUCCAUAUGUUGAUACCCACAGAAACGUGUACUCUCUCUUUCAAUUAUUCUUGCAGUAUAAGUUCUUUUAGAUAUACCUACUUAUAAAACAGAAAAUAUACAAAAGAGAAUUUAAAUCUCGUUCUAUCUAUCUUUCAUUGAUAAUCUAAUUUCAUAAUGAUUAUAAAAUGAGAUGGAACUCUUUAUGGUGCAUAAAUCAAAUCCUUUACCUUCGAUCAAAAGGGCAUAUUUUUUUUAAAUAUUGCUACAAUUCAACUCAAUCUUUUAUUCGUAGGCUGCAUACAGGAAUAAAAGAGAAUGUGUGUGUGGGGAGAAAGAGAGAGAGAGAGGGAGAGAAAGAGAGGAGAGGAGAGAGAGUCACUUGUAACAGAAAAAUUAAAAGUCAUUUUUAAUUUAUUAUCAAGAUCAAUUUUUCGAUGCACAUUGACUAAACUUUUUUUUUACUCAGCUCAACUAGUACUAUAAAUACAUGCCCUCUAAAUCAUGAAUCCUUUUUUUUGUCUAACACUCUGUAUACGGGGAAAUACUACUAUCGUAAUAGCUGUAAAUUAACUUCAGAUUAUAUUCUGUCGAAAGCAACACGGUCUAUCGUCAAAACUAUUAACUAAAAUCUCCUCGUGUUAAAAAAAAAAAAUAGAAAAGGGUGGAAGGAAAAAGAAACCAAAAAAAAUAGAAAAAAUACACAUACAAACACACACACACACACACACACACAUCUACAUACAUAAAAGCAAAGUAAAAGAAAAAAAAAAAGAUAAGAAAAAAGUACAAAUUGAGAUGCACGGACUUCUUAGGAUGUUACGAAUUUAAUUGGUAAGACUUUGACUUAUAAAAUCUCUCGAAUUUUCUCGUAAUAAACGCCAUACUGUGUACGGUACAUGAUAUUUUUUAGGAAAGAGCAAGCGAGUAGGCAAGCAAAAAAAGGAAAAAAAAAGAAAGAAAGAAAGAAAGAAAAAAGCAAAAAAGAAAGAAAAAAAGAAAAUGGUUAUUGAUAAAGAAAAAGACUGGAAAAAACGCGCGAGAGAGAAAAGUCGAAAAGAAAGGAUAAUAAUAUAUAAAUCGAAUAAAUUAAUGUUUCAUUUAUAAGAGAAGUGCCAAGGUGAUCCGCGAUAUCGACGGAACAGUUAAGAGCAACAGGAACGAAUGUAUUGCAAUUUUCUAACGAGCUGUUUCUACGCGUAUGCACGUACAUAAAAGACAAAUAUACACAUACAUACAUACAUACAUACAUACCUACCUACAUAUAUAUAUAUAUAUACAUACAUAUAAUAGUAUACACAAAAAAAACAGUAUACAGACAGUAGAUAGACAGAUUAUGGAUAUGGACAUGUACGUGAACUCGCGAUAUGUAUGUCUCGUGCUGUGCUUGUAUGCACACCGUGUUGCACUUUUAUCGCACGACGAAUUCGUUCUCUGCUACUAAAAUGAUUUAGGUAAGAUGAUUUGUGCAACAAAACGACGACUACGCGAGAGAAAAAUUGGCCGAAUAUUAAUAAUAUCUUUUUUUCUCUUUCAAUCCAUUUAUAUCUUUCUUAUCUGGCAACAAUAGCUUCUUUUUCUUCUUCUUCUUCUUCUUCUUCUUCGUCUUCUACUUUUUCUACUUCUACUUCUAUUUCGUCUUCUUGUACUUCUUAUACUUCUUCUACUUCUUCUAUUCUGUCUUCCUACUUUAUCUUCUUCAUCUGCUUCAUUUUCUUCGUUAUUAUCAUCUUUUUCCUCUUCUUCUUCUUCUUCUUCUUCUUUUUCUUCUUAUUCCUUCUUCUUCUUCUUCUUCUUCUUAUUCUUAUUCCUUCUUCUUUUUCUUCUUCUUGUUCUCCUUCUUUUCACUUAUCGGAUCUCACCAAGGAGCAAUGUUUUCGAACAAACUCAAGAAAUGAUAUACACACAGAUUCUUCCCUAUAAGUACCUGCAGUAAAUUCAAACCUAGAGACAUAUUCUAUCAUUUGAUGAAAACUAAUGUAUACGAUGGUUCGAAGUACGUGUUCAAGAAUUACAGUAUUUCAGUUUUCCUUUUUUUCCUUCUUAUUUUAUCUUUUAUUUUUAUUUUUUUUUUCUUUGUCGAAAUGAUUACAAAUUCAAGGAAAAUAUAUUUUUUUAAAGUAAUGGUUAUACUUUUGGCCAAGGAGUUUUAUCACAACAGAUAAGCUUGAAAAUUUUAUAGAGCAUAUUCUUUUUUUUUUUUUUGUUACUACUUAAAUACUUUUAUCUUUCUUGUUAGUAUUUCAUUGUUCUUGAUAUCAUUUAACACAUCUUGAGAAUAUAUUUAUAUUAUUUUUUUGUAUAAAAUUUAUAAAUGUCUUGUACAUUUAAAAAAACAGAAAUUGGAAACGGGCUAAAAGUAACUCGAAAAAAGAAACAUCUCCAAAACGUCAUCCGAUAUUGCUUAGAAAGAUAUCUCAUAUAUAUAUAUAUAUAUAUAUAUAUAUAUAUAUAUAUAUAAUACUUGUGUAACAUGAUAGAAGGAUAUAACUGAUUAGAAAGAAAUCAUUAGAGGUCUUUCUUUCUUCCUAUCUCUCUUUUUUACUUUCGUAACUUAACUCGCUCCAUUGAAAUCCGAUAAAGGUAGAAAAAGGAAGAAUGAAAAGAAGAUUGUUCAAAAUCAAAGCAUACGAAACACACACAAGAGAAACGCACAGAUGCAGUCACACAAAUACGAACACAAACAUAUUUAACGUAGACAAGAUAAAAAGACAUGCUUCCAAAAGAGACAUACACGCAAACAUAAAUAUACGUCUUAUAUCUUGCAUUUUAUCUUAUCACUUGUAUCAAACACAUAUACAAAUGCAUACACACAUAUACAGAUACAUACACAGACACAAACGAGCUUCGGGGAUAUACUCUGUCGUUCUCAUUCGCAGGUAAUAUUCUCUUUACCGAGACGUACAUCGUACGCGCUCGUUUAAAUAAAUUUCGUGUUCGUCGAAGACCUCGGAAAAGAAAGGUCAUCGACCUUGAAGCGAAACGUCGUUCUUCUCUCUCCUUUUUCUCUCUCUCUCUCUCUCUCUCGCUCUCUCUUUUUCUUUCUCUCUUUUUCUCUCUCUCUCUCUCCCUACUUGGCGAUAUGCAUAAAGGCGUGAACGCAGCGUAAUACAAUCAAUGUAUACUCAUACGUACAUACAUACACGCAUAAAUACAUACAUACAUACAUACAUACAUACAUACAUACAUACAUACAUACAUACAUACAUACAUACAUACAUACAUACAUACAUACAUACAUACAUACAUACAUACAUGCAUGCAUGCAUACAUGCAUACAUACAUACCUGAGCAAAAAAGUAUUACCGGUGGAAAUGGAAGUAGUAGUAAUGCAAAACAGAGCAUUCCUUAUCGAUAAGCGUACGCGCAUACACACACAUAUCUACAAAUUUUAAUAUGUAUUACGGACUCUCUUUCUCGACGACUGUUUAACAACACGUUUCUUCGAAGAACGCGCGAUUAAUAAUUGCUUCAAGUGCCAUAUAUAUAUAUAUAUUAUAUAUAUAUGUAUUAUUUAUAUAUGUAUGUAUAUCAUGUCUCUCUCUUUCUCUGCAUCUACGUAUAUACAUAUAUUAUAUAUAUAUAUAUAUGUGUGUGUGUAUAUGUAUAUAUAUAUGUUUAUACAUAUUUGCGUGUAUAUAUAUUUAGUUGUUACUUCGCAAAAAUGAAGAUUUUCGAUUUUCGCCGAAGGAACGUCAGGAUAAUUUUGAAAUAUGAAAGAAAGAAAGGAAUUUUUCUCGAGGAAGAAGAGGAUUGAAGUAAAACAAGAGAAAAAGAAAAAAAAAAGCAUUAUUAUAACAUAAGGCGCUUUUAGCUUUUGUAUUUCUCAAAAAACGUUUGCGCUGCGUACAACACAUUCGCCCAUGUUUGUAUUUACGCAAUAUUCUAACUUAUUCCUUGUGAUCUAAUUAACUUUUUUAUUAAUUUUUUUUAUAUCUUAUUUUUUCUUUUUCUUCUUUUUUUUCAUUUUUUUUUUCUUCUUCUUCUUCUUCGAUACAUGUACCUAUAUAUAGGUGCGCGCUAGUACGUCUUAAUAAAAAUGUGCGCAUAAUGGAGAAAAAAGCGUUAUAUUAUGCACGGCAUCACGUGGCACAUUAUCAUCAUCAUAUAAAGUUACAAUUGAACAAUUCUCUUCGUCAUAUUCCAAGGUGGCAAGUAAAAAGCAAAAAUGAAAAAAGAAAAAAAAAAGAAAAAAAAAGAAAAAAAAAGAAGAAAAACAAAAAGAAAAUGAAAAUAAAAAAUAUUAAAAAGACUUGACGAUUUAUGUGUGUACGUAUUGCGCGAUGACAACUCACUGGGAAAAAAUAAAAUCAAUCUCGGUAGAUUCGUCCUGCCGAGAAUGAUCGAAGUAAAACAUGUAAAGAACCGUUUUACGAAGGCGUCUCGUAUUUCUGUUUUAGAUGUACCGACGAUGUCCUAUUAUAAUGAAAAGAAAUGGGAAAAAAAGUCUUAUACUAUAAUAAGUCCGAUAUGCGACGCAAAAAUUGUUGCGUCGAGUUUUAACUCUCAUUGUAAGUUCGAUGUAAGUUUUAAUCAUGUUCACGGAUGAGAGAAAUACGGGGAGCGAGCUUUUAUCGUUGAGAAUUAUCGAUUCGAGAUAGAUCGCCUUUUAAAAUAUAUUCAAGAUUAUAGCGGGAGUGCCGAUGGCGAUACGAAUGGAAAAACGGAGUGGCUCUCGUACAUGUGAACGUGUCUCUAAGUGUAAAAUUAAAUGAUAAAGAUAAGUUGUAGUUAAGCUCGCUUUGAGAGAGGAAGCAAAAUACAAAACAAAAACAAAAAAAAAUCUAAAAAAUUACAAAUAAAAUACGAUGACAGUUGUCUGUUAGUUAUUUUCUGUUACGAAAUAUAUUAUAUAUGUAUAUAAUCUUCCGCGGUGUGCGGUUCAAUGGCAGAUAUUCGCGUAGGGGGUUGUUAAUUAUGAAAUAGACGCUGAUUUAAGCGCAGCUAUAAAAAGGAUAACGUUAUCGAGCGAAGCGCCAGCGAGGUUAUGUCGUGUACAUUAUAUCAUACUUUCGUUACGUACCGACACUCUCUUUCUCUCUCUCUCUCUCUCUCUCUCUCUCUCUCUCUCUCUCUCUCUCUCUCUCUCUCUGUCUUUCUACAUUCAAUUGUUUACACAUUUUAUUUAUACUGCGUGCAACAAGUGGCCAAACAUUCCGAUUAACCGAGAAAAUUCGAACAGAUCGAUGUCCAUUACAAAAAUAUAAUCCCGUCAAAUAUAUAUAUAUAUGUGUGUGUGCAUAUUCAACAUAAAAUAUUGGCAAACAAUAUGCAGCAGUUAAAAUCACUUGAUAUUAAAAAACGAUCCUUUCAUUUUUGUUUGUUUCUUUUCCGUCACUUACGUAAUCGAAAGUGCGCGCGCGUCGCGAGAAUGAACAUCGACGAGACGCGCGAUAUUUCGACCUCGUAUUCGUCGAUCUUUCAUUAAUCAUUGAUACAUAAAUGUCACGACAAAACGACUCUGUGUAUAUUCAAGAAAUAAAGAAGAAAGAAAGAAAAAGAUAAAAAGACGAGCUGGUGCAAUACCUCUUCGAAAUAUUUCAGUCUGCGAUUUCACGCGCUAUAACUCGAUUCAAACGUUACAAAGAGUACGUCAAUAGGAGAUUGCUACAAACGUCCGUAAAGCCAUCCAAUUGGUGGCAUCGCGAGACGAAGUGUAUUUGAACACCGUACAGUUGUCGCGCUGCCACCUUCCGAGCGCUUAAAUCAAUAUACCAAUCCUUAUCAAAGUUACUCUGUUUAUCGAAACAUGUAUAAUCCCCUAACAAGAAACGUAAUAAAUUCUGUUACAACGUU